AUGUAUUUAGAAUUACCACAAAUUAAAAGAUGCUGCUUUUGUGUACCUCUCAGGUACGGACUGCUUGUCUGGGCGUACAUUAAAAUGUUUUGGUGCCUGUUCCUUGGAGUCGUAUUUAGUGUGAAAAUGGUAUAUUUGGCUCGCCGCAGCCCGCAAGAUGUAAAAACUGAGCUCGUAACUUUAUCAUUGUUUGUUACGGCUCUUACGAUUGACAUUGUAAUAACAUUUGUGUUUAUAGUCGGGGCUCAUAAGAAAAAUCCUACACUUUUAAGAGUUUACUAUAAGUACGGGCUUGCCAGUUUAGUCAUAAUAUUCCUUCUGUUUCUUUUGGUUAUUGGAGUUAACAUUUUUUGGUAUUUUUAUAUCAGAAAGUUUUAUUAUUUACAAGAUGUUAUAGACGCUGCAACAUUCGGUGCAGGUGUACUUCUAAUAAAUUUAUACCUUCUGUCAAUGAUCCGAAGUGAGAUUCAGAAGUUGGAGAAUAACACUCAGCUUACAUUUGUGAACCAUGUCACCGAUCCUCAAUGUUAUAUGGAAAAUGGAGUAAAUAUUUGA